UCUUUAAAGGCAGCGUGCAUACAGACCACACCCAAAGCGUCCACAGGGUCCUGCAGAGAAACACCCGACCACAGCAGCCACACUCGCGGGGGCGCCGAUGAUGCUGGCGGCCAUCCUGGAGCCGGUGGGCUUGGGCCUGUGCACGUGGGGCUCGGUGCUGGCAAUGGUGGCAUGCGUGCUGCCCACGUGGAGGGUGACGGCCUUCCUGGACUCCAACAUCGUAGUGGCUCAGACCAUAUGGGACGGUCUGUGGAUGUCGUGCGUGGUCCAGUCCACGGGUCAGAUGCAGUGCAAGGUGCACGACUCCGUGCUCAGCCUGGCGCGGGACCUGCAGACGGCGCGCGCCCUGACGGUGGUCUCGGUGGUGCUGGGAGCGCUGGCGCUGGCCGUGACGUUGGCGGGGGCUCAGUGCACCAACUGCAUCCGCCAGGAAGCGCUCAAAGCCCGAGCUGUGUACGCCGGCGGCCUCAUCUACGUCAUCAGCGGCGUGCUGGUUCUGGUUCCGCUCUGCUGGAUGGCCGGCAACAUCAUUGUGGACUUCCACGACCCCAAGGUCCCCCCCUCCAAGAAGAGGGAGAUUGGGGCCGCCAUCUACAUCGGCUGGGCCGCCUCCGCGCUCCUCCUGCUGGGGGGCGGGAUCCUCUGCUGCUCAUUCGGACGCGCGGCGAGGAGCUCCUACGUCGUGGAGUAUCCAAACGGCGAUAAGAAGCUCUACGUGUGAACAAAUGCUGCAGGAGAACAGGAUCACAUCGUUCUUGGCACUCAAAUCUUUAAUAUUCCUGUGUCUUGUGUAAAUAUGCAAAUGAGGAUCUGCUCUUUGAUGUUUUUGUACUUUGAGCUCAGUAAAUAAACAUUGCUGUUGACAA